AUGGAACUCUCUCUCGUCAAUCCCGGAGUCGUGACCAAUAGGUGCGACCUCAAGGUUGCCGAUCAUGUAUUUAAUAAUCUAGAUGUUGCACAUAAAGCUCUAUUUGUGGAAUCAUGCUUCCGGCCACUAGUGCAUAUUCCCGAUUUGAAAUUGGCGUCUCAAAUAAUCCACCACCUUCUUCAAAGGACCUUGAAAUCAUCCGAGAAUGAAAAAAACGCUGUGUGGUUCAAAUUUGGAGAAAAAGAAUCUAGAUUCGGGUUACAAGAAUUUUCUCUUGUAAGCGGAUUCAAGAUUAUGCAUGAUGUGGCUUCGUACGAGGUCCCGCAAAAAAAUAGUUUUCUUUUGAAUUUAUUCAAAGGGAAGCGAGGGAAGCUAACAACGAAAGACUUUCUCAAUAAAUUUGAUGAUUUGGUAAAGAAGAAGGAAGAUGCAUAUUUCAUAUACAAAUUGGGGACUAUCACGGUCCUUGAGCAUGUGAAGUUCAAUAGCUAUCCUUGGGGGAACUUGUCGUACGAGUAUACCGUAAAGUUGUUCACGCGGAAGAGUUUCGAUAAUAAAAAAAAAUACAGAGAUGAAGAUAGGGCAUUCAAGGCACUGCCUGAGCUUGGAAGAAAAUUUGCUCAAACUUGUGGGAGUGGCAUACUUCCGAGAAUUUUGUCUUGGAAAAUGGAAAAACAGUUGCGAAGCGAGCAACUUAGUGUGUUUUUCAACACGUCGGAGGUUGAAGCUAAACGUGAGGAUUUAAGGGGGUGGUUGGCGUACUCCCCUGAAAGUGAUGAAAUUUACGUAGCUUGGGGUAGGGGUAGAGCAGGGAAAAUUUUUUUUAAUGACCUUCUGGACGAUAAAUGGCUUUCUAGUGAGCAUGUAGAUGCAGCCAUUUUUCACAUUCGAGACCGUGCUAUAGAGUACCCUCUCUUGUUUAGACAAGAUUGUGUCAUCUUGGACCCGCAUUUCGUCUCUUAU